AUGAGGAAGUGUCAAAACAGAGCGCGGACUUGUGCUGGCUACACCGUGGAGCUACAGCCACUUUUACGCACGGUUCUCCACCGCAUGCAGCUGCUCUCCUACUUGAAAUAAACAAACAGGACUGCUUCCCCUGUGACUUGUGUCGCCUACCUAUGAUGGCUUUCGCUAUGCUGAGGCCGGUGUCCACGCAUCCGUUCUCCUACCCCGCGGACCUGACCUUGAUGUCGGACGACGAGGAGGGGAACCGCAGCGAGAGCGACGGCAGCACCGACCAGAGCUACGGCUGCUGCGGGGCGACGGGGGAGAGUUACCGGCGGGAGUCCGGCGGCGUGGUGAUCCGCCAGCGCAACGCCGCCAACGCCAGGGAGAGACACCGGACUCAGAACGUGAACACGGCCUUCACGGCGCUGCGGACGCUCAUCCCCACGGAGCCGGUGGACAGAAAACUCUCCAAAAUCGAGACGCUGCGCCUCGCGUCCAGCUACAUCUCCCACUUGGCCAACGUGCUGGUGGUCGGGGACGGCAGGGAGGACGGACAGCCGUGUCUGAGCGCAGUCUACAAGGAGGUGAAAGGGAGUGGAGAAGGCAAGCAGCCCCGGACUAUCUGCACAUUCUGCCUGAGCAACCAACGAAAAGGGGUAAAGUUCAGGCGAGACUGUGUGAAAAUGCACACGAGCAGACAAAUAAGCAGACGAUGAAAGCGUUUGAUGGGAUCUUCUCUUCAGAGCAGAUGUCGGGGGGAAACACCCCCCAGCAGUCAUUCCUAGAGACUUGAAGCAUCUCAGCAGCAGCAGCAGCAGCAGCACAGCGGUCUUAAAGAGCUUCUCUGACUUUGCCUGAUUGGUCAGUUUACCCAGAGGGAGAUGGGACGAUUGGCAUAAAAAAAACCUUUUUUGUGUCUCCAGCGGAUACAACAGGUCCAGUGUUUGCAUCCUGCCGCCUCGCUAUUAAAUGUCAUUGAGGGAUGUUUAAAAACCGACUCUGUAAUGACAUGAUGACCGACCUCAGAUGGAAAUCGAUACCAACUCUGGAUGACUGAUGGUUUUUAUUAUGCAGCACUUUGGAUAAUAGUGGUCACUUGUGGUCACUAUAAGUCGUAAACUGUGACCAAAAAUGUCAACAAAAAGGGUUUUCUUCCUCUGAAACUGUAUUGCUGUUAAAAGCACAUAACAUCAAUAAUGCUUUACUUUAAAUUAGGCUCAUUUAUCGGUCGUAGCUUACAAAGAUUUUGUUUAUCAUCAGCUUUAAUUCCACGUGUGUGUUGCCUGGAUGAUCCAAAAAAAAAAAAAAAAUGGCGGCUGGAUCUGGAGACACUUCAGUGCCCAUCAUCUUAUCACCGUUUGGGUCAGACACUGGUGAGAUAAACUCCUCUGCAUAGCUCUUUAAGAUGAAAUUAGAUAAUUUUUAAAUCCUCAAGAUGUUUCUGGGAAGGUUUUGCUCUCGAACACACAGCUGAGCCGCUGCAGGAGUAAAUAAGGACGGACCGCUCCGACCUCCCCGAGCUGCUGUUGUCAAGUCGAAUGCAGCGGGACACAUCGGCGGGACUCUAUUUUGUUUGUUUUUUUUCAUUACAUGUUGGUGUCUACUUUGAAAUUAAAUUUAUUUUUACAUA